UCUCGAACCGAUACUUGUAUGUAAGCUACAAUAUCUUGCGAUGGAUAUAUGCCACAUACCGGGCCGAAUAUCGGCAACUCCGCUUAGAUUCGGCCAUGUUCCGAGAAAUCUCAGUCUUCCGAUGUCCCAAACGUCAACGUUUUUGUCCCGAAUAGCGGCAGUCGCUGGCGAUUUACGUUCCGAAAGCGAUCCAUCGGAGCCAAAAUCUCGGAACCGGAUGUUCUGUCUCGGAAUGGGUUUCGUCGCACAGUUCUUCGCUCGAGAGCUUAAGAACCAAGGAUGGGUUGUCUCCGGGACUUGCACGAGCAUGGUGAAGAAGAAGAAGCUUGAAGAGAUGGGAUUUGAUGCUUACCUUUUCGAUGCAAAUGAGCCAGAACAGAGCAUUCUAGAUACUAUGAAAUAUCAUACCCACCUUAUUGUUUCGAUCCCUCCUGCUGUGGGUAUUGGUGACCCGAUGCUUCGGCAUGAAGAACUUCUAACGAGCACAUUAAUGGAUGGAAAUCUCCGAUGGCUUUGUUAUUUGUCAUCAACUGGUGUAUAUGGAGAUUGUGGUGGUGCAUGGGUAGAUGAGGAUUAUCCUACUAGCCCUACAAGAGAGUUGGCAAACUUAAGGUUGGUUGCUGAGAAGAAAUGGUUAAAUCUGGGUGAUGAUCUUGGGCUCUCGGCACAAGUAUUUCGGCUAGGAGGUAUCUACGGCCCUGGUAGAAGUGCUGUUGAUACAAUAAUUAAGCAAGGAGCAUUGUCAGAAGGUCAGAAGAUGAGAGUAUACAGGCAAUAUACAUCAAGAAUUCAUGUUGAGGACAUUUGUCAGGCACUUAAGGCCAGUAUUAACACACCUUCCCCCGGGAAAGUUUACAACAUCGUUGAUGAUGACCCGGCCCCUCGGGAAGAAGUCUUUGCAUAUGCAGGAGACUUGGUUGCGAAGAAGUGGCCCGGCCGGAUCAAGCAAUCCCCAGGGAAAUCAGAACCCGUUGUUGAGCAGGGUACUCCAAGGGGUGAGAAGCGAGUUUCGAAUGCUCUUAUGAAGAAGGAAUUAGGAGUGAGGCUUCUCCAUCCAAGUUAUAGAUCAGGUUUGCAGAGCAUUAUCAGCCAUUAUAGAAAAGCACUAUGACACCAAUGCAUCUUCUUUCGUCGUUUUUCCAAUGUAAAUUAAUUGGAAGCUCUGCUGAAAAUGUUGCAUGAUUAUGCCAGCUAAAGUGGCUGGUAGGAUGAAUCAUCAAUCGCAUAUUACAGUGAGGGUGAUCUAUGAGAACAAGCAUUGGUUCAAUUUGUUUUUUGUUUAAUAAAGUAUUGUGAUGAGAGAUAAAGA